GACUGUUGAAAUGAAUGAGAUCAGGUCACCAUCAGUCCUGUCACACAAAAAGCAGAAGGAAGCACCACCUAAACCACCAAGGAAUUUAAAUUUGCAAAACUGUGAACUUACAGAAGCACCCAGAGGAAGCCCGUGCCAAAAUGCAGAAAAGAAGCCCAGUGUCUAAGCCUGUAAGCAUUAGUAGACUUAAACCAAGUCCGCUUUCAUUAACUCCGAAGGUCUCAAAAGUAGACACAACUAAGAAGGUUGUGAAGCAGACUGGACCAAGAGUGGUAAAUGAGUCAGGCUUGUAUAGAUCAGGUUCUCUGACAAAUAUAUACAGGACAUCAAAAGUGGGAGAGUCACUUGUUAGAACUCCAGUACAGUCAGUUACAGGUUUCAGAUCUCAGCCAAAUUCUCCAUUGACAAAAACCUUCACCUCUCAAAAGAAAAACUCCCCAUCAGAAGCCUCAAUGAGACUUAACAGUGGCAGGACUGGCCUUCCACCACGUCCUCCGGUUGUUAGAGCCAAUAUCAAGCCAAUAUCAAGUUUACCAAUUCAUCAGAUAAACAAAUUCUCCACACCACAGGGGAAGAGUACAAGAACCAGAAUGCAAGUGUCUUCAGCAAGCAAGAUCCAUUCUCCAUCAGUGAAAACUCCAAAAAAUCUGAGGUUCAAGCAAGGGAUGAGUAUUGUUAGUCCUGUUGCAAAGUAUCUCAAGGAAAAUCCUCCCCCACCCUUGGUUGUGAACAUCAAGCCAAAGCACAAAAUCAGUCCAGUCAAAAUCCAGUCAGAGAGCCCAGUUUCUCUUCACUCUCCACUUGCCAGAAGCCAGAAUUCGCCCCAGCACCUGGCUAAAAGAACUCGAGAGGAUUCAGAAUUACAGAGGAAAGCAGCCCUCAGUAAGAUCCAGGGUGACCUUGAGAAGUUAGCCUCCAAGAUGAAUAAUGCACAGAUUGAUUCUGAUGAGGAUGGAACCUUGGAGCCAGUUGAUGUUAAUAGGAAACAUGUCCUUCCAAGAGCAAUGUACACUUCAGCUCCUGUCGUUGUGGAUUCACUUGAAAAUAAAGAAAAUGAAAGAACUCGAAAGCGCAGGGAUAUUCCUGCUGACAAGCAUCCUGUCCUUGUAAUGAAGCACAAAGGUCGUGUCAAGUUGCCCAAAGUAACAUUCAAGGAAGGCCUGGUUGACGGUACUUCACCAAAGGGAUACAAGUCUCCUACCCUUCAAAAUCCAAUUACAUCAUCGCUGAAAGAUCGGCAGUCAUUGCGGAAUUCAUUAAUGGAGGUCUCCAUCUAUGAAUCGCAUGAAACACGUUACACACAUACUCUCCAGAAGUGAGGAAUGUGAACAGGAAUGCAGAUCACAAAUGGACUUCACAAGCAAGGAAUUUAUAUUUUCUAUCAGAGGAAAUGACUAGUUUUCUUUAUCCUUUCUAUUCCAAGGGGAUUGAAAUUGAAGUUACAUGCUAAUUUCCAUAAAGAGGCUUAAUGAGUGACAGUAUGCAAUGAAUAUAUUGUCCCUCAUGCAAGAGAUGCUUUUGCUAUCACCAGUGAUUUAUAGUAUUCAAUAGCCUAGUGAUUUAUUUGACCUUAGCUUUAUAUGUAAAUCUAUUAUGUAGUGGUAUUUAAUUUUUUGAAUCAAAGAUUUGUGAGCAAUAGUGAAUUAAUGAUUUGCAUCAUGAUGAAAAGAGAACUUGAUAAAGAUUUAUCAUUACUGAACAUAUUUGCUUGUUAUAACAGGUUUGUAUGAGUAACUUGCUUAUUUAAAUGUAAAAUCUUUUUUUAAUGAAUACUUGGGUGUUGUAAUAUAUUGUUACAACAGCUGUUAUUAUUAUGUCCUGACACAUAUUUGUACAUGCCAUAUUUUACAAUGCUUUUUGGAACAGAAAUUUAUGUUUGUAUAUGAAGUCCAUAUCUAAGUUCAAAUUAUAAAUGAAAUAAAAAAUUCAUAUAGUUCAGCUGGUUACAAAUUACUGUUAUCAAUCCUAGGAAUCUCUCUCCCUCUCUCUCUCUCUCUCUUUAUCUCUCUCUCUCUCUCUCUUUUAUCUCUCUCUCUCUCUCUC